AUGGCUGCGGGCAGCGAUGCUUCUGCUGCUGCUGCCGGCCCCAGAGGCGGCGGCGGCGGCAAGCAGCCCCCCGGCCAGACCGCCCAGCCCAAGCGCACCCGGACCCGGACGGGCUGCCUCAACUGUCGGCGCAAGAAGCGCAAGUGCGACGAGGGCCGGCCGUCGUGUGGGUCGUGCGUCCGGCGCGGCCAGCCGUGUGAAUGGGGUCUCAAGGUGACGUUUCGCGCCGAGAAUGCCCAACACCUGGACGAGUCGCACCCUUCGAUGCGUCGAUCGGCGCGCCGCUUCCCGCGCGAGUUUGAGAUUCUCGACAUCACUGCGGAAAUCAUCCGCGACUACGACACCACGUCGCCGAUGUGGGCGCUCUACUCGACGAGGUGCGAGGGCAAUGAUCGGACCGCCGUCACGACGCAGAGCGACAGCAGCUACACGCAUGGGACGCCGGUUAUGGCUGCCAACUUUAACAGGGAUGCGUCAAAUGCCAUGCAAAGUCCGGCUCUUUCGCUGGGCCGAACUAUUUCGACAAACAUGGACAUGCCCACUCCGCAAGCACAUGCCGUCUACCAUGCCUCGCACGGCCAAUCUUCGCCAGCAUCGGUGCAGCACUCUGAUAGCGCCGUCGCCAGCCUACUGUAUCUCAGUCAAGGCGGACGACCAUACACGUCACAGGCAGAUUCGGCAACUGGCAUCCCGAUCCCCCGUGUGACUAUUGACGGCCCUGGCGUACACUACCUAGACGACGGAGCACUUCCGCCGCCGACCCCUGACGCCAUGGCUGUAGAUGACGGGGUGUUUCUACCGGGCUCUGCCUACCAUGAGCUGCACUCGACGUUGCGUAGCCGUUUGAUUCAAGAGGUCAUGUCGACUGCGCCGAGUCGACAAGACACCCCUGCUGGAGACCUCGGCGACAACGAAUCAGAUGCGCUGGACCUGUCCAAGUCGUUCCAGGCGUCUGAUUCGUUGUCUCCUGGCCAGAACCAAUCGCCAAUAAUGUCCAAAGAAGUCGAAUGUAAGCUGUGGCGCAACUGGUUCGACGAGAUUGCGCCGUGGCUGGACAAGUUUGACAACAAGCGACACUUUCAGCACAUUAUCCCCACCAUGGCGCCGACAAAUGAGCACCUUCGGUACUCCAUUCUAGCGUUGUCCGCUCGUCAAAUUGAGCUCAUGUACAAUAAACCAACAGACCAAAGCCUGGCUCUCUACCAGGAAGCCAUCCACUCGCUGCUCCCGCAUCUGCCGACGCGCAGCACCGAGGUCAUUGCGUCGUGCGUCAUUCUCUGCGUGCUCGAAAUGCUGAGCUGCUCGCCCAAGGCCUGGCAGCGGCACCUGGACGGGUGCGCCAGCUUGAUGGAGGCUGUCGGCAUCGACGGCUGCUCUGGCGGUGUGGAGCAGGCCCUGUUUUGGACAUUUGCGCGCAUGGCCGUCUGUGGCGGUCUCAUCUCGUCUGUCAAGACGCUCAUCCCUGUCUCGCGCUGGGUAACAAAGGGCAACUUGGACGAGGCCGUCAAGCUCUUCCAGAACCAGCCGGACUUUUGCUCCUGGGCCAACUACUCCGUCUACCUCACCGCGCAAGUCAUCAACCUCCUCAUGCCCCAGUCCUCCCAGCAUGGAGAGCCAUCGCUCACGCUGGCCGACGACAAGGACAAGGGACACACGCGAUGGCUCAAGCUGUGGGAGUAUAUCUGCGGCUGGCACGACGGCCGCCCUGAGCCGCUCCACCCCAUCAUGACGAUUCCGUCCUCUGAUCCAUCUCCAUUUCCGACCAUAAUAUUUUCCAAUCCGGCCGCCAUCUCCGGAAACCAACUAUAUCAUACAGCGUCUAUCUUGAUGCUGCAGAAUCAGCCACACGGCCUCCGGCUGCAGCCCAAACCGCGCAGCGUUCUCUGGCACGCGCGACGCCCUCUGUGGAUUGCAGGUCGCUGCAUGAGUAAUCCAAUGGAGCACAAAGCCAUCUUGACAUUGCUGGAGAAGAUUGAACGAGAAUCCGGCUGGGGCACCCGAUGGCGAGCCGACGAUCUAAAAGCAUACUGGGGCGAUUUGGGCGAGUAG